AGGAGCACAGGUGCUAGCGACCAUAGAAAGUAAGUAAGGAAGUAGUCGUCCUAGUAGUCGGAAUCUCUCCCCCAGAUCGCAUUCGCAUCCCCGUCCGUACAUAUCCACCAUGUUUCUCUGUCCCCUGAAUCGCCGACUGCUGUUUCUCCGGGACUCCAAGGCCGACGCUCCUACCUCGAUUGGGAACUCAAGCACAGCUUGUUCCGACUCCAGCCCGGCGCUCCCGAAAUGGCUAUUCCGUGGUCUGCCGGUGGUUGUUGUGGCGGAUUUGAUCAGGAGAGCGGUGGAACAAGCGUUUAGCGAUUUUCAAGACGAUCUGGUUCUAAAGCAAUCCACAGCUCACGGUGAAAGUCGGAUCCCGCAUGCAGGAACUACUACAGGAGCACCCGGUGUGCAUCAAGAAGCACCAGAGGCGAAACAGGAAGCAUUUCUCACGUUAAUCGCCCAUUUGAUCGAGAUUGAGGAACUCUUGGUACAGCUUUCCUCAAGAUCUAGUGGGGUAGAAAGCAAGACUGCAGGAGCAGGUCAGGUUGUCCAGAGCGGCCUAGCCAGUGGGAAGCAAGCAGCUUUGUCAUGCAAAAACGCGAACGAACCCUCGUCGAGAGAAAAGCUUCAGUCGCCCGCCGGAGUUGUCGAGGACAAAGUGCCUGCACCUGCUCACACUACAACGGGCCUUCUGCGCGAUAUCGUUUUGAAUUUGAAAAACGAGGACAAGCACGGCGAAGAAAAUAAAGCAGGAAAGGACGCCGACAAGCAGUUCUCUUUACUUCCCGACCUGAUCCAAUUCCUUUUGUUGCCGCAGGGGCUGAACUUGAGAAAUCUGGUUCUCCACGGCUUUGUUGGGAUCGACGAGGUUUGUGCGCAAAAUGUCUUUUCUAGCUCGCUGGGAGAAGAUGAUGAUAAAGCCCCUGCGACGGCAGAUGGAGGUCGAAACACGACUGAGGCGGAGGACGACCUGGAGAGGGAGCUAGUCAAGCUGUUUCGUGAGCACAUCCGCGAGCAAGUUUUUGAAGACAAAGGUAGUGCGGACCGCAUUUUGCGCUCCAGUUCCGAUUGCAGUGUCGCGCGAGGGAAAGCAAAAGAUGGCCCUCUCGCCGUUUGGCCUUUUGUGAUGGAGGUGUGUGUCUGUUGCCUGCGACAGAGGCGGGAUGUGGACGCUGCUGAAGUCAACAAAACUCAGAACGAUGGAGGCCUUGCGCUUGCAAGCUCUGCCGGAUCGACUCCAGAUAGAUUAACUGAGGGGGCCGCUGCAGAGGAUCACCAGGACAAAAAUCCACUAGCGUCUUCGCAAAAUCUGCGCUUACAGGAUCAGCCGAUCUCUAUCCCGGUCCAAGUGUGUGACGAGGUGCGUGCGGCUGUGUUGGAAAUGAAGAGCAGCGAGAUUCAGUUCCGGGAUGCAGGACUUGCAAAUUCGAAGCAGCAGCAUCGCGGUAUGGAGGUGCGUCUCCUGUGGACAAUUUUGACGGAGAUUUUCGAGCUUGAGCAGGGCCAUCGACGGCAAAAGCCAAUUUGUCAAGACGCUCAAGACGACAGCGUCGCCAGAAGGCUCACUUACUUCCGCAAGCGCGCGGCUUGGUUGCUUCUGCUGCUAAUGGAAAAUCAGUUGCGAUUGGAGUAUGUGGAACGAAAUUUUAUCUGUGCUACGAAAGACAAAGAACUAUCCGACGGAGACACGACGCAGGAAUCUAUGUCACAGACUAACAUAAUUAACGCGUUCGGAGAUCAUAAAUGUCCCGUGCUCCAGGCUGAGUGCGAUUGGUCCCUCGCUCGCCAUGGAGACUAUUACGCGACCGUAGACGGUUUUGGGCAGCGCUUCAUUCACCCGGUCGUGUUAGAUGCAAAGGUUAGAGUCGGAAAGUUGGUGCUUGGAAACGAAAAAGCAGCGGGUCCGAUUCUUGGAAAGGAAGGCGAUGCUGGUACUAUUUUGGAGCAAGGAUUAAACGAAACGCGUCAACAGGAAAUAAGCGAAAAUCAGCUCACCCACAGCCAUUUAUCCACAUCCUGUGUGCAACUGCUCCAGGACCUGUUUCUCCAAGACAAGGGACCGAACCUACGCGCGCAGCUGUUUCACCACGGAUCAUCGGAGCUGGGGCGAUGCGAUGGGCAGAAUUCAUUUAGCGGCGCUGGCGACCUGCGCUGGAGCGUGGACAUUCUUCUGAUCCUGUUUCUCUAUUUGAAUCCUGGAUUGGUGGAACGAACUACGGCUUCAUCUGCUGAAGCCAGUACUAACGGUUCGCAUAAUGGAAAAGCAUCACCUCCACGGCAAUGUUUGCCUCUGGCAACUGAGUUUGUGGAAACGUAUCGAUCGAAAUUUCAUCCGGUAGCGCUAUUUUGCCACGAGAUGGGUAGCUGUGCGGAUUUGGGACGCGAGCUACAAGCCUUGCACAAUGUUUGUACGGGUUGUGAUGACGCGCGAGAUGGAAAAGAAAUUAUUGCAGACCAGACAGGGAACGACAAGGGCCUAGUCCAGACCGAGCUUGGGCCAGGUGAAGUUGACCCGAAUCAUGAUGCACCGGCGCCGGCAGAUAGUCCAAUCGAUGCGAAUUCCGUUUUCCACAAAAUCUACAGCUUGUUGCACGCUGAGGAGACUGCAUCCGCGAGUAGGCCGGGAGAGGGGCUAGCACGGUUGCUAAAUAAAGCGAACAGCCCAGUGCUUUUUCCCUCGUUCGAAGCACUAGCCGAGUUUGCCCGUAAGAUUCGCAGUUUUGUUUUCGACGAAGAGGGCUGCAAGCGAAGGUAUCUUCAGCUGCUCUCUUCCUCCAAUACAGCUGCAACAAGCGCGGGGGCUGCCGCAGCAGACAGCAGCCUUGAAGAGCAAAGCAAAACAAGGAUACGCUCGGGCCACCCUUUCAGUGUUUCCGCUAAACCGUCUGCUUCUACAUCGCGAGAAAUAAGAGCACUUCUACCCCCACCCGUCCUGUUCCCCACUCUUGGCACCAAAAUUCUCGCGGAAAUGAAGCAGCAGAUCUUGGAACCGUUGCUCGGCAAACUGCGCCAUCUUGGAGAACUGGUCCGGGAGAAAAAAGCGAGUUCCAGACAAAGACAGCAGUUUCGGCAGCUGGUGGAUAGGAAGGAGAGAAUCAUUCCUACGAUUCUGCUCUUCGUUAGAGCGGUUUGUUGUGUUGUGGGUAGCGAGUUUUGGGCGGAGUUGGGAAGGCUAUUGAAGAUAGAGGGCGGAGGACGAGGAGAGAUGAUUGAUGCCGGUACAACCAUAGCCGAAGCGGGAGACGAGUCGCGGUUUGGGAUUUCUGAUCCGAAAGAAAAUUUCAACACUCGCUCCGCCACCUCUUCUGCGCCACAACGAUCGCAGCUGGAGAGAAUAGUCGAGAAAAUCUCGCAUUCUGCCGAUCCCUUUAUUCCAACGAAAAUAAACUAUAGCGGCACGCCCCCGACGGUUACCACCGCAAAAGAUUGGCUCAGACUGGCUUCAGUGGUGGGCAGUUUGAAGAAUCUGGAUCAAAAGAAGACAGCGGACCAGCUCUUAAGCUUUCUACAAACGCACGCCGGCAAACGCACUCUGCAGCUGCGUCGUGGUGAGAACAGGAUUAUCUAGAAUUUCCCAAGCGAAAUCUGUUUCAAGAAGUAGCUAGAAGAAUCAGCAUGAGCUUAUGCGGCGACACUUAGAAUAAGACUCACGCUUCAU